AUGGUGCCAAAAUCUACCUGUGUUGAGAGCUGCCAUCCUGGACAAAGCAAACUAAUUCAGCAGGGGAAACAAAUCUGUUGUUAUGAUUGCAUUCCGUGUCCUUCAGGGAGGAUUUCAACACAAACUUCAGAUGCAGAUGAAUGUGAGUCUUGCCAAGAAGAACAGUAUCCUAACACAAAUCAACAAGAAUGCAUUCCUAAAGUAAUUACUUACCUGUCCUAUAAAGAUGGCCUGGGAACAACUCUGACAUCUUUGGCACUUUUUCUUUCUCUGACCACACUUAUUGUGAUAGCAAUCUUCAGGUUACACUCGAACACUCCCAUUGUGAAAGCCAACAAUUGGAGCAUCACAUGUAUCCUGCUCACCUUUCUGCUGCUAUGUUUUCUUUGCUCCCUCUUCUUCAUAGGAAGACCUAGCAAGGAAACCUGCCUUUUAAGGCAGGCUGUGUUUGGUAUCACCUUCUCUGUUGCUGUUUCCUGUGUACUGGCCAAAACGAUCACUGUGGUUCUGGCUUUUGUGGCUACAAAACCAGGGAACAAGAUGAGGAAAUGGAUGGGAAAGAGGCUAGCAAUCUUGGUUAUUGUGCCUUGUUCUUUGAUUCAGAUUGCCAUCUGUGCUGUUUGGUUAGUGAACAAGCCCCCUUUUCCAGAAUUAGAGAAGCAUUCCCAAGUGGGUGAGAUCUUAGUGAAAUGCAACGAAGGCUCAGAGAUGAUGUUUUACAUUGUGUUGGGCUACCUGGGUCUUCUGGCCAUUGUCAGCUUCACAGUGGCUUUCUUUGCCAGGAAAUUGCCUGACAGUUUCAAUGAAGCCAAGUUCAUCACUUUCAGCAUGUUGGUGUUUUGCAGUGUUUGGAUUUCCUUCAUCCCCACCUACUUGAGCACCAAGGGCAAAUUGAUGGUAGCCGUGGAGAUUUUCUCCAUCUUAACCUCUGCUUUUGGUUUAUUGAGUUGUAUUUUCCUUCCCGAAUGCUAUAUUAUUAUAAUACAUCCUGAAUUAAAUAAAAAGGAUCAAAUGGUAAGGAAAAGGAAUGAUUGA